AUGGAGGCUAGCCGCCGGAGGCCCGGGGAGAGGGCGACGUCCAAUUUCUCCACCACCUGCAGGAAGCUCAGCCAGUACCUCAAGGAGAAGGGUGGCUUCGGGGAAGUCGGCCUCAGUAUGUCCAACGCCGGCCGCCGGGACGAAGGUGGUGACCUCUCUCUCUCUCUCCCUUCCUCCCUCUCUCUUUCUCUCUCUCUCUCUCUCUCUCUCUCUCUCUCCCCCUCUCUCUUUUUUCUCUCUCUCUCUCUCUCUCUCUCUCCCUCUUUCUCCCCCUCUCUCUUUUUUCUCUCUCUCUCUCUCUCUCUAGUCGCCGGCUAGCGAUUCGUCUUGUUGUGUUCCAGCGAAGGAUGAGACUCGGAGGACGAUGAAUCUGCUGCCCGGCGUGACGGUCUCCUCAGGCGGUGGCUCGGAAGACAGGCCGCCGACGGCCAACAAGGGGGCAGUUUCCGACUGUCUGAAGGUGCCGCCUUCCCCGGUGGCGGACAGGUGAGCAACAACGGGGGGGAAGGAAGGGAGGGCGGCGGUGGGCGGCGCUGACUUUGCCAAUAAUGGAUGCAGGGAGAACCGGGGCGACCAGAUGACGAUAUUCUACGGCGGAAAAGUCGUCGUCUUCGACAACUUCCCCGCCGACAAGGCGAGGGAACUCAUGGCCUUGGCUGUCCGGCGACAGGCCCUCCAUCCCCCGCCGGCCGUUCCCCGGUGGCUUCCCCCUCCUCCACAUCACCACUUGACCACCGCCGCCGUCGCCAACAUGACCUCCACCUCUUCCAUUGACCAGGAGCCCCCCCGGAAGUCUCCGCUCCCGGCUUCCUCAGGUAGAGAGAUGCCGGAAAAACUUGGCCACAGAUCUAACACGCCGCCGUGGGGUCGACCGCUGACUUGUGGGUUUGAUGCAGAUCUCCCCAUUGCGAGGAGGGUUUCGCUCCACCGCUUCCUGGAGAAGAGGAAAGAUCGGUCGGUCUUCCGCCAUUUCAUUUUUUCAUGCGUAUUCCUUCUCUUGGACCUUAGUUUUUUUAUGAUUUUUUGUCUCCCCUCAGGAUCAUCUCCAAGGGGCCUUAUCAGUUCAACAGUCCGUCCUCCUUUCCGUCUCCGGCCAGAGGGGAGGCGGCGGCGGCGGCGGAGGCGGAGGAGGAAGAAGAGGAGGCCCAGCGGUGGCUCGCCCUGGAGGAUCUCCGCCGUUGA